UUUGUUCCACGCCUACACUUUUGCUGUUUGUUCGCCCAUUUCUUACUACUUUUCAAAGUUUUCUAUUUUCUUUUGUCUUUCUUCUUUUCGGUUCUUUUGCUUUGGUGAGUGGUGUGAGAGCAAAGCACAGCAAGCACUGACUUUCCUUUCUCCAGGACAAGACUGAGAAGAGAAAUCAAGAUUAAGAGGUAUGGUAUGAGUGGAAAAGCAUGAUGGAAUGGGAGAAUCAAGAACAGCAGCAGCAACAUCAACAAGAGAAUCAAAACCAGAGAGAAAGUGUUAAUGUGAAUGUGAAUAAUGGAGGAGUAAUGUAUGUCAAAGUGAUGACAGAUGAGCAGCUGGAGACUCUCAGGAAGCAAAUUGCUGUUUAUGCCUCCAUUUGUGAGCAGCUUGUUGAGAUGCAUAAGAACCUCACUGCCCAGCAAGAUCUUGCAGGUGGCAGGCUGGGAAAUCUCUAUUGUGACCCUUUAAUGACAUCUGCUGGGCACAAAAUUACUGCUAGACAGCGGUGGACUCCGACACCUGUGCAGCUUCAAAUUCUCGAACGAAUCUUUGAUCAGGGGACUGGAACUCCAAGCAAGCAAAAGAUCAAAGAGAUAACCUCAGAACUGAGCCAGCAUGGCCAAAUAUCUGAAACAAAUGUCUAUAACUGGUUUCAAAAUAGACGGGCUAGAUCUAAAAGGAAGCAACUUGUUUCAUCCUCCAACAAUGCUGAAUCAGAAGUGGAGACAGAAGUUGAGUCACCAAAUGAAAAGAAGACAAAGCCAGAGAAUCUUCUCUCCCAGCAGAACCCUGCACCAAGGGCUGAAGAUCUGUGCUUCCAGAACCCAGAGAUAACCUCUGAACUGCAUUUCUUGGGUGUACUGUCUAAUCCAAAUGCAUACAAUGGAGAUGACCAUCUCUCUGGAAAAAUGGGAAUGCCUGGGAGCUACAACAUUUAUGACCAGGCAGAAGACUACAGCAUGGCAGGGUGAGAGUCACCUGUGUCCACCUCUGCCAGUUUGUCAAUAUUUUUGCUGGAAGCACAUGGCGGUCCAAGACUUCGGUUGUUGGACUUGGAUGAGACAAAAGAAUUCGGCCUAAUCAUGGAACCAUAGCACGCCUGACAUAGUCAAUGCUAAUACUUCUAGUUUGAACAUAAAAUGAGCUGGUUAAGUUGGAAAUGGACUUGCUAGUAUGAAUUCUGAAUUUUAGUCUGCCUUUGUGCUUUGACUUUUCUUUAUGGCUAUUUUGUUAAUAGAAAGAACUCCACGCAUGUUUUGGAAAG